UUAACUGACAUAUCUCUAGUGACAGCAUUUAGCAUAAUUAUGUAUUAUUUCUUCUGUUUAAUUUGCAUCCGAAUAUCAAAUUAACACGUAUCUAUCACAAUACUUGAUCAGAAUAUGUAAUAGCAAAUAUUUCGUUAUAAAACGCUAACGAUAGCGAUUGCAGCAGCCUGCAAAUAAUAGUACGUAUUUAUUGCACAUUUUUAAAAAUCAAGUCAAAUAGUCAUAUCAUAUUGAUACACAAUGAUACUGAUUAAUCAGAAUUUCGAUUGCAUAUAUAAAAUCAUCACAAUCAAUCGAAUAUCAUCUCUUCUGAGGACCUCUAAUUUGAGAAUUGAGUCUAUGACAUUAAACAAUUUUGUUUAUAUAUAGCGCUAGCUUUACAUAUAAACAAAAAUAAUAUAGACAGCCCUCUAUACUUUGGUAUAUAAAAUAAGGAAUUUUAUUUUUUGAAGUAUGAAUAGUUACAUGAAGAGUUCCAUAUUUCAAAUUACCCAAAUAUUUUUUGUGUGAAUUUUAAGAUCAUCGAACUGUAUUUACAUUCUUCUAUUGACAUUUUCCCCCCUCUCCUCUAAGUACGAUCUUUUUGACAAGUGUAGUUUCCUUUAAGCAGUUCUUUCUUUUUAAAUUGGAGGUUGAAUUGUAAAGCCUCAAAAUGGUUAACGGUAGGAUACCGUCAGUUCAUUCUAAAACUUACGUUACACCUAGACGUCCAUAUGAAAAAGCUCGUUUGGACCAAGAAUUGAAAAUUAUUGGUGCGUUUGGGCUUCGUAAUAAGCGUGAAGUAUGGCGUGUUAAAUAUACUUUGGCUAAAAUUCGUAAAGCUGCCAGAGAACUUCUCACCUUGGAAGAAAAAGAUCCAAAAAGAUUGUUCGAAGGUAAUGCACUGUUACGUCGUUUAGUGCGUAUUGGAGUACUUGAUGAAAACAGAAUGAAGCUCGAUUAUGUGCUUGGUCUUAAAAUUGAAGAUUUUUUGGAAAGACGUCUACAGACACAAGUGUUCAAAUCUGGUUUGGCCAAAUCUAUUCAUCAUGCUAGAGUUCUAAUCAGACAACGUCACAUCCGAGUUCGCAAACAAGUUGUGAACAUUCCUUCAUUUAUCGUCCGAUUGGAUUCACAGAAGCACAUCGACUUCUCUUUGAAAUCACCUUUGGGAGGUGGUCGUCCAGGACGUGUAAAGAGGAAGAACCUCACCAAGAAGACCAGUGGUGGUGGAGCAGCCGAAGAAGAAGAAGAUUAAACUGUAUCUGUUGCUACUAGUUUUAUAACUAGUACAUCAAAUGCUAAUAUACUUUUUUAAGUCA